GUCCAUAGACAAGUGCCAUAUCAACACUCAAACAUCCGUUUCCUGCUAUCAGAGGAAGCCAUAUUUGAUUAGGUCCAAAAAUUGAGAAACGCCGAAGGAAACGAAACGGACAAAUAGUAUUCUUCUAAGUAAAAUUUCUGCCUAAAUAAGAAGGAUAAAAUCACAAUGUCUGGUGGAAGCAGCAGUAAUAGAAAUGAGUGCAGGAUAUACGUCGGGAACCUGCCACCGGACAUACGAACAAAGGACAUCCAAGACCUGUUUUAUAAGUUCGGGAAAGUUACGUUCGUCGACCUGAAAAAUAGGAAAGGCCCGCCAUUCGCAUUCGUUGAAUUCGAGGACCCUAGGGAUGCAGACGACGCGGUGCGCGCCCGCGACGGGUACGACUACGACGGCUACCGCCUGCGCGUGGAGUUCCCGCGCGGCGGUGGCGGAGGCGGCGCGCGCGGCGGCCGCGCGGGCGCGGAGCGGUUCGGCGCACGCGGCGCGGGGCGCGGACCCCCGCGCCGCUCCGAGUACCGCGUGCUCGUCACCGGCCUGCCGCCCUCCGGCUCGUGGCAGGACCUCAAGGACCACAUGCGCGAGGCGGGCGACGUGUGCUUCGCGGACACGUUCAAGGACGGCACCGGCGUGGUGGAGUUCCUGCGCCACGAGGACAUGAAGUACGCCGUCAAGAAACUGGACGACUCGCGGUUCAGAAGUCACGAGGGUGAGGUAACAUAUAUACGCGUGAAAGAAGACUACGGCGGCGGCGGCGGCGGUGGCGGCGGAGGCGGCGGUGACAGGUCGCGCUCGUACUCGCCGCGGCGGCGCGGCUCGCCCACCUACUCGCCCGUGCGCCGCGACUACUCGCGCUCGCGCUCGCGCUCCCGCUCCCGCGACCACACCUACUGAGCACCGCGCCUGCCGCCCGCACGGUAUGUACACGCGCACUACUGCAGCACACACCCACACUAUACCUAUGCGUCUAGUACGAUGAAUAACAUCAGUUGUUUAAACACUUCUACGGGCCUAACACUUAACAUCAGAAAGUCACACUAAUGAUGUCACACAGUUCAUUGCACUCCCAUUUGAAUACAGUAAAUUACUUAUCUUGAUCUUAAAACAGCAAUCUCGGAUGCUCAGCACAUUUUUUGGAUUUGGAUCUUGUCCUCGCACCCAGGAUAUACUUGACUCCGGUCGGUACGACUACAAAUCCCGUAAUAAAAGAAUCAAAAAGGAUACUCAGUCUAUUGGAAUUCAGGAACAUUGAGAAAAUUUUGAAUACAUUGUCCCAAAUUAUAUGAAGUUGUCACAAUACCCUUAGCAGUCUAAUCCCAUACACAAGUAAUUUUUGCCCUCACGGUUUUGGAGGACCUACAAGGAUAAAGAAGAUUUUCAAAUCAGACCUCUGGCCAUUGAAAAACUAUCCCUAAGGACCAUAACUUAUUACUCACAAUUGGACACAAGCAACUCACCUAUUUAAGGAGGACGCAUAUUAAUAUACCAUUGGAUUAAAUGCUGCAUAAAAUGGAUUAUUUCUGGAAUUGUAUGGAACUUAUGAAGGUAGAUGGAACAUUCUAAAUUCUCUUGAAGAUUGUGAAAAUACCAGUACAAAGAUGUCUUGAACCCCGUUUCUGCCUGAUGGAUAAGAUUUAUAAAUAUUUACUGUUGUGUUCCAAUAAAAUAUAAUCAUUUUACUUUUUAACAUAAUAUAAACAGUUUUGAAUGAACACAUUCGGGACCUUAUUUAAUUCACCUGAUGGCAAGUAAAGUGCGGUCCCAUUACCAACCAAUAACAGUGACCACCUAUCUUUUACAACAACCAACAAGACUUUGACUGGUUUUUCACAAAAAAAAAAUCAAAUUGGACCAUAGAGGAUUAUAAAGGAUGUGCCACAUUUUUAAUAUUGGAGCUGUGAGCCGUGACUCGACACUGAAGCCGAUGUUAUUACAGCGCUGCCCGGGCCGCCGCCGUCGCCGCCAAGCCGCAAGCUCUGCCUCCUUGCUCUGUACUCUGUACUCAACCCUAUGCCCUUAGAAAUAAGACACACAUGUACCACACCAAGCGUCCACACUCAAUCCCACGUCCUAAUCGAUAUCGCGAGCACGAAUGAAAUCGAUUACAAUAAUCGAAUAAUUUAUUGAUUACCGGACAUAUUUAACUGGCAAUAAAUGUUUAUGCAAUUCGUGCCAGCGAUAGCAAUUAAGACUAAGUUCACCCGACGAAUGAUAGCGAUGAUGUAAGUUUUUUUUUUUGGAACAGAUGAAACUAUAAAAAUUACGUUCAUUGUCCUUAAAAAACGUGAAGUUUAUAUGCUUAAUAUUGAGUUUGGACGCGUCGGUAACACAAGACGCGCCGCCCCGCCGACCCGCGGUGCACAGCCGAAUGUCGUGUCAAACGUUAAACGCACACGUCUGUUAACGCCUUACUGAAUACGGCAACGCCCGAUUCCCGCCCGCAUUGACAGUUGAGAGAUAUGCGCGUAUAACGCUUGGUGCAAUUAUCGGAAGUCAGACAUACUCGAAAACAAUACGCUUCAUGUUGGCCGGUCUGAAGUUAGUUACGAGCGGCGUCGCAUUUAUUAUUAUUUCCAGAGUGAGGGUGACGGGGACGUAGAGGGCGGGUGUUGACUGACUUCAGACUGGCCCGUGUUGUGGCAGCGGGGCGACGCGGCGAGUCGAGGAUGUAAUGAAUUGUUUGACGCCAGAUAAUUAAAAAGGUUUUCUUUUGUUUCAUCCACUGUGGAUCAUUGGAUGUGCUUGGCUGGAGGUGUGAGUCAGGAUGCCUAGGAUCGGGAGGACGGAUCGCGGGUAGGAUCGGAUUAGUCUCUGCGCGGGAUGCACUCGGAAUGUCUCUGGAUCCGCUGCGAGCCGGACCGCCGGACCGCCGGACCGUCGGACCGUCGGACGGACCGCGGGUAUGACGUUCAAAUUAUUGCAAAUAACUUCUGUUGAGUGCACGCUCGGUACCGACGUAUCAAUUAAUAUUUGUUUGGAUCCUUAACUCACACUUUAUUUGCUUAUCGAUGUCUGCCGUUUAUAUUAGACGUAGGACGAUGGCAUAGGAACUAGCUUUGCUCAUAUUAGUGUGUCAGACCUAACAAUCUCAGUGUCAUACAGUGUAAUUAGCAUGCUUUUGGAGCUUUAUAAACCUGCGACGAGGCGAGGGAGAGUGUUCGCGGACGGACGCCGCCGGUGUCGUGCACAAGUCUGGUUAUACUGUCCUCUCAUAUGUACUGUACCUUAGACGAGUCUCGCUCGAGUGAAGUGUUGACCAUCGCGCGGCCGCACCCGCCCGAUGUACCUUAUAUCAUAGAUUUAUAAAUUGUGCAAAAUAAUUGUAAUUUAGAUACUGGAUCUGCAUUCCAAAGACCAACACAGUUUGAUGGACUUAAUAAAUUCCCUAAUAAAUUUAA